AUUAUAUUUCGCUAUAUCUAAUCUUUCCUUCGUUAAAAUGUUAAAAGUGACUUUAGGAAUUUUACUGUGUUUUCUGUUGUUUCGAUUAGCCGCGUUCGCUUACACAGAAGAAGACGUCGAUUAUUAUGAACGUUUAUUGAAAACAUCUUUUAAAAAGUCACAGACAUAUCAACUGCAUAGAAGUGCGACGAAAUAUCGAGCCCUGAGAAAUUCGCCUCCUAAAGUUUUUGGAGACUAUGACUUCGUCGUAAUUGGCGCUGGUUCCACUGGAGCUGUAAUCGCACGCAGUCUAUCCGAUGUUCCAGACUGGAAAGUUUUGGUCAUCGAAGCAGGAGAAUGGGGAAACAAUUUGACAUCCGUCACGAGCUCAGCUUAUAAAAUAACGGUCAUGAGUGACUACAAUUGGGGCUAUUACAGUAUACCCCAGAAUAAUACAUGUUUAGGUUUCGAAGGCAACCGUUGUCCUCAUCCUAGAGGUAGGGGUGUAGGAGGUUCAUCCCUACUCAACGCCCUCAUUUACAUAAGAGGCAACAGGAAAGAUUUCGAUAUAUGGUGUCGUGAUGGAAAUCCAGGAUGGUGUUACAAAGAUAUUCUGCCCAUAUAUUUAAGACAAGAAAAUUAUCGUCACACAGAUCCUGAAUCUCCGUUUGAACCGGCAUAUCACAAUUAUUCGGGACCACUGUGGGUGGAACAACCAAUGCCUAGACAUUUUCAUCACAAGAUCUUCUUGAAAGCCAACGAAGAAAUGGGCUACAAAAUACGAGACGUAAACGGCAUUGAACAAAUAGGGGCCAUGCCUUUCCAAGUAAACACCAAAAAAGGUACACGACAAGACAGCGGUACGGCUUUUCUCAAACCAGUGGCGCAGAGAAAAAACUUGAAAGUAAUGACAGACAGUUUGGCGACGAAAAUUUUGUUCGACGGCAAACGCGCUACUGGAGUUUUGUUUUUGAACAAAGGGAUUUUGUACAAAGUGAAUGUGAAGAAAGAGGUUGUUGUGUCUGCUGGAGCUAUUAACUCACCUCAACUUCUGUUAUUGUCUGGAAUUGGUCCCAAGAAGCAUCUUGAAGAACACAAUAUUGAAGUAAUAGAAGAUCUGCCAGUUGGAGAAUCAUUCUCAGACCACUUGCAAGUUCACGGAUUGGUAUUUUCUAGUAACGUAUCAGAACCUAUUAAAACCCUAAGAGAAUCUAUCAAAGAUUUCUUGGGAACUGGUACAGGAGAUUUAGCUGAAGCCGUACCAACACAAGCUGUGGGUUACUAUAAAACAAAACUAGCAAAAAUUGAUGAUUAUCCUGAUUUAGAAAUCAGCUUCCAGGAUACCAACGAAACAGCGGAUGCGUUAACUAAAUAUUAUAAUUGGAAAAGUAAUAUUUCUUAUUAUACAGCUGGAAUUAAUGCUGCUAGUUCGUUUCAACUAUUUGCUACCCCUCUACAUACUAAAUCCUUGGGUUAUGUCAGGUUAAGAUCCAGUAAUCCUCUGGAAUAUCCAGAUAUUGAUCCCAACAUACUCUCAGAUCCGGAAGGUCAUGAUUUCGAUUUAGUUUACGAAGGGAUACAAUUUGUUUUAAACCUCACCAAUCAAGAAGCUUUCAAAAAGAUUAAUACAAAGUUUGAGCAGAAACCUUUACCACAAUGCAGCAAAUUUACGUUUAUGACUAAAGAUUACUGGAAAUGUGCCAGUAAAUUCAUCGUCAAUCACAAUAAUCAUCCAGUGAGUACUUGCAAAAUGGGACCUGAUCGCAAGAAACAUGUAGUGGACCAUACUUUGAAAGUGCAUGGUAUUAAAAAUGUACGAGUGGCUGAUGCUAGCGUUAUCCCACUGUCUACGUCUGCUCACAUUAACGCUAUUUGUUACAUGAUUGGAGGAAAAGGUGGGGAUAUGAUUAAAAGAACUUGGAAAAAGAAAUUAAGUUCAGGAUGAUGGAUGUUAUUUACUUGAGGAACAAUUUUGUAAAUAUGAUAAAAAUAUAUUUGUAGUUAUA